AUGCAAGGCUCAGAACCCACAUUCUUUGUAUCACUAGUCAGUGGUGCCUGCGCCGGGACCGCCACUGAUGUGGCAUUCUUUCCAAUUGACACCAUAAAAACAAGACUACAAGCCAAAGGCGGGUUCUUUCGCAACGGAGGCUAUAAGGGGAUUUACCGCGGGCUCGGAUCGUGUGUAAUUGCGUCAGCACCAUCGGCAUCACUUUUCUUUGUCACAUAUGAUACAAUAAAGCGGGAAUUGGAACCUCACGUUUCUUCGCCCAGCUAUCGCCAUAUGAUUGCUGCCUCUGUAGGUGAAGUCAUGGCUUGUAUAGUGCGAGUUCCUGCAGAAGUUAUCAAACAACGCACCCAAGCCAGUCAUAUGGGCUUGACCUCAAGCUGGUCCAACUUUAAGCAUAUUUUGACCAACGACAAACACCAGAAUGGGAUAUUACGAGGACUCUACAGGGGAUGGAAUAGUACAAUAAUGAGAGAAAUUCCAUUCACUGUUAUCCAGUUCCCUCUCUACGAAUGGUUGAAAUCCAAAGCAUGGUCCAGGAGUAAUGAUACCAAUUCAAGUCCUGUUUCAAUGGGGUUGAAAGGAGCCCUUUGCGGGAUGUUGGCUGGGGGUGUUGCUGCUGCACUCACCACGCCUCUAGAUGUGAUCAAGACAAGAAUCAUGUUGAGUUCUGGCACUGUUGAUGUUGGUCACAUAAUUUCUCAGUUAAUUAAGGAGGAGGGUUUGUCAAGUUUUUGGAAAGGUGUUGUGCCAAGAACGUGUUGGAUCAGCUGCGGUGGUGCAAUAUUCUUGGGAUGUUAUGAGCUAGUUCGUGAUGAAAUGAUGAGGAUAUGA